UCUUCAGUCGCUCCUCUCUUUCUCGUCAAGAUGGCGGCGGACGAACCCCGUGAAGACGCCUGUCGGGAAUACCAGUCGUCCUUGGAGGACCUGACGUUCAACAGCAAGCCUCACAUCAACAUGCUGACCAUCCUGGCCGAGGAGAACCUGAAGUUCGCCAAGGAUAUCGUCACUCUUAUCGAAGCGCAAGUCGCUAAGGCACCUAGCUCAGAGAAGCUUCCAGUCAUGUAUCUUAUGGAUUCCAUUGUAAAAAAUGUUGGAAGAGACUACGUUGCUGCGUUUGCUAAAAACAUAGUUUCCACGUUUGUUAUUGUGUUUGAAAAGGUGGAUGAAAACACUAGAAAAAGUCUGUAUAAGUUGCGCUCCACAUGGGAUGAAAUAUUUACUUCAAAGAAAUUGUAUGCACUUGAUGUGAGGGUCAACCAGGUAGACCCAGCAUGGCCUGUCAAGCCUUUACCACCUAAUGUGAACACAGCUAGCAUCCAUGUGAAUCCUAAAUUCCUGAACAAACCAGAGGAGUCUGCUAAUACUAAACCUGCUGUAUCCAUGCCAAAGCCUGCUCCUCCUCGCACAAGUACCGAGGUACCAAAGCCUCAUCUUUCACAAGAGCAGGUUAUAAGACAACAGUUACUUGUGAAGCAAAAACAGUUGUUAGAACUUCAGCAAAAGAAGUUGGAAUUAGAAUUAGAGCAAACAAAGGCGCAACUGGCAAACAGUGUCCCUUCAGUACCUGUGAAACCGAACGUGGUCCCAGAAAUUCCACACAUGCCUGUUAAGGCUGCACAACCUACCUCUUCUAUGCAGUCUGAGAAGAACAAGAUUCCCGUGCCCCCUCACUCAGACAAGGCUCCAGUACCAACCAGAGACCCUAGACUUAACAGGGCAAGCCAGCAUUCAUCACAUACAAAAGAUCAACUUCAUAAAAAGGAAAUUAAGACCAAUGCACCUACUCCAGCAGACUCUAAACCCCUCAAACCUGUGUCGUCAGACAAAACAAACUUUUCAUCAAAGCAAGAAAAAAAUAAGCCAGGAGAGAAGCUUCCUAAAAAGGAACCUGUACCUUUAGAUGUUAAAAUUAAGUCAAAAUCUCCUUUACCAUUGUUGCCCAAGAUACCUCAUAUAAGAGACGGCAAACCCCCAGUUGUGGACAGUGUUAGAGAUUUUUCUGCAAGAGAGCCGGAUGUAAAUAGAAGAGAUCCAAGGUUACGCAAACCGAGCGUACACAAAGAUAAAUCUGACGACAAACCGGAAGACAUAAAGGAGAAACGAAAAAGCACAGAGAAAAAAGAGGAGCACAAAUCCUCCGACCAUCGACCUGGAAAUAGGAAUAAGAUUGUGAAUGGUAUUGUGCCGAAAAACGAUACGGGUUCAAAUGACUCUGACAAACUAAGCCAAAAACCUGGAAGAAGCAGUAAUCGAAAAAGGUCUCGAUCACGUUCUCCUAAGUCCAGGAGAGUCCGACAUUCUCUUUUAAAGAGAAGGCAGAGAAGCCAAUCUCCAAUUCUUCCGAGGAGCCGCUCUCCUAUUCCCCCUCUCCCCAAAAACAGCAAGCUGCGUCAGCCUGGAAGUAAAUCGCCUCAUACAAGUGACUUUUCAGCAAGCGCAAGAGAUGAGCGGAGUAAAAGGAUACCCAAGUUAGAUCCUAGAGACAGCAGGAGGCAGAAAAGACCCUCUGAAGAAAGACAGAAGAGACCCUCAGAGGAAAGGCAGCAAGAUUUAAUCAUGCCGUUAUUUAGUAAAUCUGGUUCAGAACCAAAGGAAAAUGUGGAGAAUUGGCAGGGGUCCAAGACUGGAAAAAGAUGGCGACCUGGAUGGGAAGAAGGCAAAACGUCUCAAAGUGAUGAUCACCUUCAGAGUAAUAGGACUCCUUACCAAAGGCAUCGGGACAGCUGGUCUAAUAGUAAAGGAUUACUUUCUCCUCGCAUUUCCAAACAACAACAACAACCGUGGUUAAGUGUGGAUGCUAACUUGAAAAUCCCAAAAGAAUUAACAAGUGCAAGCAAGGGUGAACUGCUUAAGAAGGCUAAUGAGCGUUUGGCAUCUGGUGAAAUUACACAAGAUGAGUUCCUUGUUGUGGCACAUCAAAUUCGGCAGCUUUUUCAGUAUCAAGAAGAUAAACAAAGAUGUGUGUAUAGCAGUCCCACCGAAGAAGGGAAUAAAAGCGGAGUGCGCAAGAAACCCCUUCUGUCUAAUGCAGAAUUGACUUACUACCAACAUAAAGCUAAGCUGAGGAGGACUCAGGUACAGCAUAAUUUUAUGGAGCAAGAUUUUAUGGAUAUGUCCAUGGAUGAAACAAGCCCUGGUGAUGGAGAAGAGGAGCUCAAUGACAGAAUAUCCAGCAGCUUAUCUGAAAGAAAUGAGCCGUUCCCAGAAAGAGUUCUCCGCCGUUCCCCUAUGCCUGGAACGCUACUUCUCGAGGAAGACCUUCCCCAUGAAGGUCAUAGAAGACUUGAAGAUCUAGAACUGCCCCAAGGUUUGAGAGAUGAAUCACGGACAUUAUACAAUGAGCGAUAUCUUCAACGACCCAGAUAUGACGAUAAAGAGCAGGUGCCUUUUGUAGACAGUACAGACCCAGUCAGCAAAGAGAAUGCAAAGCAUGUUGCUUUAGUUGAGGAGAGAAGACCUCUGCUUGAACUGCCAACGCUGUUACCUAAUAGAGUUGAUGAUACUGACAGUCCAGGUUUUGAAGACAUGGAUGUUAUCAAGCGAGAAAGUUCCCCAAACAAAAGAUUUGAUGGUCCUUUAGGUAAUCAAGCUGGAGGUCAAUUUUUCGAAGACGUGAAAGGACAGAAUAUGGAUUUUGACCCUAUUGGAGGGAAUUUAAUAGACUCUCCAAGGUUUGACAACAUUUCCGGGCAGCCAAGUAGCUUGCAGAACCAACCAUUGCAAAGGUUUGAAGGUAUGCAAAAUCCAAUGGUUAGGACUCCACCGAUGGGCAGUCAAAGAAUGGAGGCUUCCCCAGGUCCACCACUUGUUUCAACAAGAUUUGAUGGUUCACAGGGACAGAAGUUAGGAUCUCAGUUUGAUGGAAUUCCUGGGCAACCCAUAGUUCAACCACGAUUUGAUGGAGUGCAGCCAGUAGGGCCACAGAGAUAUGAAGGCGGUUUAGGACUGGGACCACAAAGGUUUGAUGGGUCACAGAGAUUUGAUGGUGGGCCUGCAACGCAAAAUUUUGAUGGGCCUCAACGAUUUGAAGGUUCACAGAGGUUUGAAGGAUCUCAGAGAUUUGAUGGAAUAGGACCGCAAAGAUUUGAAGGGCCCCAAAGGUUUGAUGGUAAUUCUGGGCCUCAGAGGCCACAUGGUCCACGAUUCGACGGCCCUCCUGGUCCUAGAUUUGAUGUAAAUCAAGGUCCCAGGUUUGAUCAUGGCCCUGGUCCACAAGGUUUAAUAAGAUUCGAUGGACCUAUGGGACAAGCUGGGCCCAGAUUUGACAGUCUUCCUGUUAACAGAUACGAAAACCACCCUCCCCUUUUGGCAAGGUACGAUGGUGUUCCUGGGCAACCAUGUACAAGGUUUGAUGGACCUCCUGGGCACCAAACGCCACCUAGGUUUGAUGGACCAGUGCAUAUGCAGCCACGUUUUGAUGCACCCCUGCCCCGAUUUGAUGGGCCAAAUCAGCAGCCCAGAUUUGAUUUGCCUCAAGGUCCACGAUUUGAAAAUAUGAAUCCGCCUAUUGGGCAGAAUAAUCCACCCUUUGUCCAGAAUGCUCCUUUUGCUGAGCCUCAAAAUGUGUUUCAUGGACAGUCGCAAGGCAUUCAGUUCCAAAGGCAAGAGCAGAGAUUUGACCAUCCUCAAGGACCAGGAUAUACUGGGCCACCAGCCCCUGGAAUGCAGCUCUUUCCUAACCAACUCCCUAGACCAUCGGGACCUUAUUUUGAUGACAAAAAUCCACAGGUUCCUCCUUUUGGGAACUUUAACCUGCCUGUUGCAAAUAUGCAGCCGAACCCUCCGUUUCCCUCUAUGGCUGCUAUGACUCAACCUGGACCUUUCAAUCAGGAGCAAAUGAUUGGCUCAGCACAAGCACCCAAUACUGGCCCCUUUAUAUCUGCCACAUUCGCAAACCCAGAAAAUCAUUUGGGUCAGUUGGAUGUUAAUGAAUUAUUUUCAAAGCUGCUUUCUACCGGAAUCCUAAAAGCUUCGCAGUCUGAGCCGUCCUCUUCCCAAACUGAGGCACCCAGUCAGCCUGUCGUGGAAGAGGAGGAGGAGGAACCGGCCGACGAACAUGAGAUUCCUGAUCUCACCAGCUUUGUCCUAGAAGAUAUGAAAAUACGCUUUGAGUGCGUUAUAACCCGCCUGUACACUGGCAUCCAGUGCUAUUCAUGUGGGAUGAGGUUUACAAAGUCACAGACCGAUGUAUACGCUGACCACUUAGAUUGGCAUUACCGGCAAAACAGGACCGAGAAAGAUGUGAGCAGGAAAAUAACACACAGGAGAUGGUACUACGGCUUAACGGACUGGAUUGAGUUUGAGGAAAUUGCUGAUCUGGAGGAAAGGGCUAAAAGCCAGUUUUUUGAGAAAGUCCACGAGGAGGUCAUAUUAAAAACUCAGGAGGCGGCUAAGGAGAAAGAAUUUCAGAGCGUGCAGGCUGGUCCCGCGGGAGCUGACGAGAUUUGUGAAAUCUGCCAGGAGCAGUUUGAACAGUAUUGGGAUGAGGAAGAGGAGGAGUGGCAUCUGAGGAACGCUAUGCGUGUAAAUGACAAGAUUUAUCACCCCUCCUGCUAUGAAGAUUAUAAAAAUACUUCUUCCUUCUUGGACUCCACACCGUCCCCCAGUAAAGCACUCUUGGAAAAUCCAUUGAGUGCCAUGUUAAGUCUGGUUAAGGAGGAGGCAUCAGACACUACCGACAUUGCAGUCAAGGAAGAGCCUACAGAGAACAGACCCUGUAGUAGGGGCGAAAGCAUACCUCUGUUAGCAGAGAUCAAGUCUGAGCCCGCCGAUCCGGAGUAGACGCUGCUACAAUAAGACGACUUCUGUUUGUAGUUUAGAAAUUUCUAUUGAGCUGGGGGCGGGGCCUCCGGUUUUCCUUCGUUACUGAAUACAUUUUUGUAUUUGUAUUUUUUUCUUAUACCAACACAGUUUCAUGUGUAAUUUCUCUGGACGUGUCAGAUAGCAGAAUGGACUUGUAUUUGUAAAAUUUCCUCCUGACUGUAAAUUAUAAAUAAAAAUAUUUUUGCUAUAACCGGAGUGUGAUGUUUGCACACCAUACAGAGGCUUAAGAAUAAAGUGCUUUACUUUUGGUUGACGAUGUAUCUUUGUGGAAACAUUUUUAUGGGUUUGACAACAAAGAGAUUGCGUGCUGUUUUUUUUUGUGUUUUCCUAGAUUACAUGUCGGACUAACAACCGGUUGGUUUAAAGUAUUCUUUUUUAAAUACAGUUUAUAAAUAUUCACUAAUCUGGAAUCCAGGUAAAUGACAAAUGGAAGCGUGUCAAAACUCGGAGGAGACCUUUAAGUUUAAUACGCGUGUAUAUAUUCC